AUGGUUUUCAGCAGAAGAAAAAGCAGCUCAGGUGGUCAGCAAAUUUUUGAAGCUCUAAAUCAGCAGCUGGAGCAGCUUAAAGUAGAAAACUCUGAUUUAAAGCUGCAGCUGGAAGAUAACAAAGAAUCAGCUCAAAGAAACAAAGCGUUAUUAGAGGACUUUAUAAAGCAAACUUCUCAAUCUGACCAAAUAAUUCAAGAUCUCAGGACGAAACUAGAAGAAUUAAAUAGAAAAGCAAAUGAAAAUGAGCUGAGAAUUAAAGACAUGAGGACAGAAAAGUUCCAGUUGACUACUGAAAAGGAAAGUUUUAGAGAUACACAGCCUUCUGGGAUGAAUAAUAUGCAAGAUAUACUAAAUUCGGUCGAGAAGAAUGAAGAGCUGCUGCUAUUUAAAGACUCAAAAAAUUGUGUUUGACAAAUAAUUAGAAGGCCAGAGAUGAAGCUAGAUGAAGCUGAAAUGGAUAUUGAAGAAGACACAAGCAAAAAUAUCAAGCCGGAGUAG